AAGAGAGAUGCCAUCGAAGGCCUGUGGCAGAUAAUGAGGCGCCAUCCUUCAGGGCUGAAAAUUGAAGCCAACACGGGAGGUCCAAAAACCUGCAAUUCUCUGAACAGCCAUUUGAGGCUGGCUUGAGAGCCCAACGAAUGAAUGUCCGACAGCGAAUGUGCUGGAGUCAGCAGGAUGGCAUCUUUGACUGUGGCGAGGAGCCAGAGCAUUUAAGCCUGCGGCACCUCUACAUAUUGUUCUGUCUGCCACACAACAAAACCAGGGCCUCCGCUGCAAAAUACAGCCAAGAGCAACACUGCUGAGCUGCAGUCAGAAGAGGCAGGUCAGGGAGCUGCUGGUGUACAAGUCGGUCAGUCACGCAAACAUUUCUUUGCUUACAUUCGGGUUGGAUUUGUUGGUUUUGAGAUACAUGUUGAAAAAUGACCAGCAACGAGGAGGCCAGACCGUUUGGUACCAUGACAACAGCUGCCCCAGAGGACACUCAGGGUGAUGAUAUGAAGUCCAGACAGGAACAAGAGGAGAAACUGAUCCUCACAGCCUGGCAAAGCAUGUCCUCAGCUCUGCAGCAGCACAGUUUGUGCAAAGACUCCAGACCUCCAGGCCCGACUCAGUCUUUCCUGGCCAAGCAGAGGCAGUCCACCCAGGCCAGGAGGGUGCUCUCCCCCCAGCUGCAGCCCAGGUAG